AUGAAGCCAUGUAUCUCGACGGUAUAUGAUGAACCGUGGGAAAGACAUCCUUGUCUAUUCGCAAUGAACGUCGUGAAGGAAAUCAACAAGAUAAACCAGGCCGAACUCGACCUCGGACUCAGUGGCGCGUCAUGGCACGAUGAAUACAAAGAUUCCGCAUACAUCUUUGUUGGUGGUCUUCAUUUCGACCUCACUGAAGGCGAUGUCAUCACCAUCUUCUCCCAGUAUGGGGAAGUCAUGGACACCAAUAUGCCCCGCGACAAGGAGACAGGCAAGCCACGAGGAUUUGCUUUUCUGAUGUACGAGGAUCAACGGUCCACUGUCCUGGCCGUUGACAACCUUAAUGGAGCCCAAGUCUUGGGAAAGACACUCCGGGUCGACCAUGUCAAGAAUUACAAGCAGGCGAAGUUCAAGAACGAGAAUGGGGAAUGGGUUGAGCCUGAGGAACAGAGUCUCAACGCCAAACCGCAAAUGAUUGAAGACGCUGGAGCAGAAUCUGUUUCGUCAGCAUCGUCAGGGCCUGACAUAGACCCCGAGGAUCCUAUGCGCGAUUAUUUGAUUGCGAAGAGGAAAGAGGAAAAAGCUCUAAAGAAAGCGAAGAAAUCCAAAAGCAAAGGGAAGCAUAAGGAUGAAACACCAGAGGAGCGGAGGGCGAGAAAGGCACGGAAGAAAGAGAAAAAGGAAGGAAAGAUGAAAUCGGUCGCUCUCCAGAUAGGGAACCUUGGUCUCGCUCUCCUGGCCGUGAACGCAGGAGCUCGUCCCCUACGCGACGUUCGCGCAGUCGUUCUCCACCGCGGCGGCCUUACCGAGAUGAAGAUCGACCUCAUAAGCGUUCUCGGUAGGCCAUUCUCACAGAGAGCAGGGGAGAAGUUCGAAGGACUACCGAAAUCAUGA